AUGGCUUCCGCGCCUGCAGGCACAGGGUCGGCAGACCCUCAGUCCGCCGCGUUCAGGAACAAGCGCAAGAAGAGAGACGGCGUGCGUGCGUCAAAGGACGUGGUAGCUUCUGCGCCCGGCUCUGCGUCUCCGGCCUCUGCCUCUCUGGCGCCCAAGAAGAAACACGACCCGCGCUUUUGUGCGCACGCGGAUCGCCGCUUUUUGCUUGAGAAACUGCUUCCGUCCACCCAGCAAAGGCUCUCCUCAGGAGCGAAGAAGGCCGUCCAGGCGCCGGUCUCUCGCGGAAAGGAGAAAGAUGGGAAACGCGUGAAAAAGGUCGAGGCGGGGGGUGUCGACGGAGACGACCCCGACGAGGUGAAGGCGCGAGGCAGCCGAGGCGGGAGCGGAAAGGCGGAAGCAAAUCACUCAGUUCGCGCCUCUCUAGCAACAAGUUGGGAAAAUGAUGAACGGUUCUCAAGGAUCUUCACGGACGACGCCUUCGCGAAGGGCGGCGCCAUCGGGAAAGUCGACAAAUUCGGCCGCAGCCUCGCAACAGAGAAAAAGAAAAAGAACGCCGGAGAGGCCACGCUUCUGAAAGGCAAAACAAAGCUGCAGAAAGGACGGAAAGCAAUCGAAGAAGCGGAGGAAGACGAGGAAGAGGAAGACAAAGAGGAAGCAGACGAGGAGGAAGCAGACGAGGAGGAAGCAGACGAAGAGGAAGCAGACGAAGAGGAAGCAGACGAGGAGGACGCAGACGAAGAGGAAGAAGAGGAAGACGAGGAAGAGGAAGACGAGGAAGAGGUCGACUCGUCUUCUGAGAGUGAGGAAGAUGCAGAAGAGGGUCCGUCUGUAUGGGAGAAAGACGACGAUGACCUGGUUAUGGGCGAGGAGGCGUCGAGGCGGAUUGCCGUGAUGGGGCUCGAGUGGGAAAACGUUACCGCGAACGACUUGCUGCUCGUGUUCCGGUCCUUUGCGCGCGACUUCGCUGCGGGAGCGUCUUUCGGUUCGGCGAAGAAGGCGAAAGAAGAAACCGAACGCGCAGAAGCUCAGGGCCGGAGACCGCGAGGCACGCCCGAAACGAUUGUACAGCGCGUCGCCAUCUACCCUUCCGACUUCGGUCUUGAGCGCAUGAAGAUCGAAGCCGUGAAAGGGCCUUGCAUUGACUGGGAGAGCGUCGAGGGUCGCCGGAACCGCAUGCAAGCUGGCGGCGAGAGCUGCAGCCCAGACGAAGAGGAACAGGAAAACGCAGGGAGCGAGGAGAACGAAGAAGCGAAUGGAAGUCAGGACGCGGGAGAAGCGACAGACUCCGAGAAAGGCGAGGAUGACAAGAGCGAGAAGGAAGGAGACGAUGGCGAAGCAACCGGCGACGAGGCAGGCUUCGAUGGAUCCUCAGACGAUGACGAGGAGAUGAAACCGACGGAGGAAGAAGAGAUCCUUUACAAUGAGGCCCUCCGAAAAUACCAAAAAGAAAGAUCAAGGUACUACUACGCCGUCGUCGAAUUCGACUCCGUCGCCUCGGCGAAAUUUUUCUACGACGAGUUGGACGGCUGCGAUAUUUCCUUCGCGCUUGACGGCCUCGACCUUCGCUUCAUCCCCGACGACCUCGAGUUCCCGCACUCCCCCACCUCUGUGUCCACGCUCUCUGCGCAAAAAGGCGAAGAAGGCCGCCUCGCCGACGAGGCUGCUCUCCUCCGCUACGAGCCGCCGCCUGCGGCUAGCACCGCUCUCCGACACAGCCGCGUCAAGUGCACGUGGGACGAAACGCCGAUGGAACGCACGAAAAUGCUCACUCGCAGAUUUACAGAGAAGGAGCUGAGAGAUCUCGACCUCAAAGAGUACCUCGCGUCCUCCUCUUCGUCCGAAGACGAGUCAAGCGGUCCAGACGGGCGGCGAUGGAAGUUGACGGAGUCGAAUCUCCAGGCGUACCGACGCCAGCUUCUCGGAGACGCGGCUGACUUGUCUUCAGACAGCGAGAACGACGCCUCGGAGGACGAGUCAGAGGGCCCGGGCGCCUCUCGACAGCCUGCCUCGAAGUUGCAAAUCAGCUUCGAAGGCGAGUUGGAAGCUUUCGGCCUCUCAGCCGACGAGGCCGAGACCGACAGACCCGACGGCAUCACCGAAGGCGACGAGAAAGCCUGGGAGGCGUAUGUACACCGGAGCAAGAAGAAAGAGAAGGAACAACGAAAGCGCGAAGCACGAAAGUUUGAGGCUGCCCGCGCCGCAGCCGACGAAGAGGACGACGCGGACGAGGACGAGGAAGGACAAGCAAAGAGGACAGAAGGCCAGCAGCGGCGAGACCGCCGCGAGCGAGGCAAGAAGUUUCCCCUCUUCUCCGGCGCAGUCUCCAGCGACGAGGCCCCGUCCUCGCAGGACGAAGACUUUGACGGGGAACACGUCGAAUCACAGAUCCUCCCACGAAGGCAGGCCAAGCAAGCCGCCGUCUCGAUGAAAUCGAAAGGCGCGAAAAAAAGUGCAGAGAAGAAAGACGACGCCUCAGCGCAAAGCAAACACAAAAAGGAAGACGCCACGAAGGCAGAGCUCGAGCUUCUCACACUUGGACAUGAUGAGGAAACGCGGCGGCACUUCGAUUUGCGUGACGAACUGCUCAGUCGCCCGAGCAAGAGAAAAGCGAAGAAAAUGAAACGCAUGCGCGAGCAGGAGCCUGAGGCGGGUCCGACGGAAGCGUCCUCGUUCAAGAUCGACGUUGACGACGACCGCUUCUCGCGCCUGUUCUCGAAUCCGGAAUUCGCCAUCGAUCCCACGAAUCCAAAUUUCAAGAAAACUGCGGCGACUGACGAACUCCUCCGAGUGAAGCGCAUGCGCAGCUCCAAGCUCCAGUUCGCCCACCUCAAAGCCGCCAAACGGGCGGCUGUCUCUGGCGCGGAAGCUGCGGAGACGAAGUCGAAAGGCGGCGACGCGGCGGGGAGUCGCGCCGCUGGGGAGGUCCGAGGGGCUCUAAAACCGGCUUCUCUCGGCGUUUCACAAUCAGGAUCUGAAAAGGCAGGGAAGGGGAAGGCGGCGAAGCAGAAAGGAAAGGGAUUCACGCUGUUCGCCAAUAACCCCCGGUAG